UGCCCUUGCCUCAGUGCUGUGAGCUGGGAGAGGCAGAGAGGAAGGAGAGUGAAGCCACAGCAGAGGCAGGUGCUGAGGGUAGAGCAGAGAGCAGACAUUAGAGUAGAAGCACGCUGCCAGCAAGCUGACACAAUCAGGGGAAAGUGUGUCAAGAGAUCAAACUGAAGAGCAGGAAAUAGUCACAUUGAAACUUUUUUUUCUUCUUCCCUAAACUGGAGCCCACUCCUUUCCCUGUUUCAGCCAAGCUUCACUGAGCUCUUCACUCUCCUCCUCUCUUGUACGGAUCCUCCUCUCCUCCUCUUUGCCCUGUCCUCCUCCCCAGCAGACAGGGCCACCAUGGAAACCGGGAGCCCCAGGAAGAUCCAGUUCACCGUCCCCCUCCUGGACACCCACCUGGACCCAGAGGCAGCUGAACAGAUCAGACGACGCAGACCAACUCCUGCUACUUUAGUGGCAUCCAGCGAUCAGUCCUCACCUGAAAUAGAUGAAGAUCGUCUCCCAAACCAGCUGUACAAGGCCGCCUUGUUGAACUCCCCUCGACAAAGACGAAAAGGGCAAAAGGGAACUCCGACGAUGAAAGAGCUGCAGUUCAUGGUGGAGCACCACCUGUACAGGCAGUCGCAGGGAGCCGGGGACGAGUGCUCCUCGGAGAGCUGCCUAUCAGACCGGCCCAGCCCCGACUCCAUGCCCGCCGGGGAGGAGCUCCCGCACGACAACGACUCCACUUCGGAGGCCUUUGAGAAACUGCGCUGCCAAAUGGAGGGUAUGUUUGAAGACAGAUUCUCCAGGGAGAGUGUAUUAGAGGCUGCAGGCGGAGUCGAGUGUCCCCUCUCAAUGGAGAAAGAGGAUUUUUCCAGCGUGGCCUGUGUAGUCGAUCCCUCAUCGCAACAAAACAACGCACAAGCAGGAACAAAAGCUGCAGAAUCCAGCGCGAGUCAGCCGGCUGAGGAAAAGACAAAGAAAUGCAGCCUGGAGAAAGAAAAAUAGAGUUUUUCCCCCGGACGACAAAAUGCUGCUCAGUCUGCUCAGCCAGCCCAACACAAUGACAGAAGAUUGUGUGUUCAGAUCCACGUGUCAGAAAACAUCAGGGCAUAUAUACAAAAAUCUACAGUCAGGCCUUAGUUACCACCUCGACAACAACAACAAAGGUUUCUUCUUUUAUUUUCUGUCAAAGGGACGAUUCCAUUUUCUGCUUCCCCUGAACUCGCCUAAAACUAAAACUAGCCUACUGUAAUAACUUCUUAAUGGAUCAGUCUUUUCCUGUCUCAGUCACACACUCAUUAUUAUUCACUACCGCAACUCACAUGCUUAACGUCUCCUUGAAUGUUCAAAGGCAGAAAAUGCUCUAUUCGAAAUUCUAUCAGGCAGUUUUCAUCAUCACGUGCCAUGACUUCUGCAAGUUUUGUUCCUAAUCUAAGCAAUAAUAAUGAAUUUGUACCUCAUAAAUAACUUGGACUUAAACUAUAAUUUCAACUUCUACUUAUGUCAUUAAGUAGGAUUUCAUUGCUCAUUUUAAAAUUAGUACACAGUAUAUCACUGACAGUUUAAAUACAUUAAAAUGUGUUUACAAUAAUAGACUGGACAUCUUCAGAAGUCUUUUUAAAGUCCAAGUGACAAUAACAUUUAUGUUUAUUUUCUGCUACAGUGCAAUUGGGUAUUUCAUUUAGUAGUCCAUGAGCUGAGAGCUAAUUGUCAAGUAUUUUGAUAGUUGAUAUAUUUUCUAAUAAUGAAUCGGCUAAGAGAAUUUUCAGUUUUCACCAGUAUGAAUAUCUGUUGGUUUUUAUCGGUGGUCUACAAUUAUCUCAUUUAAUCAAUAUUUUAGGGGUUUGCCCUUUUGAACUCUCAAACUAAACUUUUAGCAAUUUUACACAAAUUGUUUGAUUGAAAAAAAUAAUCCGACACAUUAAAAACUAAUGAAAAUAACUAUUAGUUGCAGGCGAAUAUUUAUUUAAGACAUUCUACUUUGAGAAAAAAGCAGAAACCAAACCAUACAUUUUAAUUUUAUGAUUUUUGGUACCCACAGUUUCAACCCUUUUGCUAUGUGACAAACAUCAGUGCAGGUAUAUCUUGUUUCCCUACAGCCAAUCAAAUGGCUUGUUUUCAAGACUUCAUUCCUGUUACACAAGGACGCGAUAACUGCUUAUACGUUAAAUAACAAUAACAACAUUUGAUGCACUGAAAACCAGACUUUUACCAGCCGAUCCAACUGUAAAUCUCUAGUCGGUAAGCAGGGUUUGUAUUCAUUAAUGUACUUUGGAUAAACAAGGACAAAUCUAUGUCCAGCAAUCAAAUUGAAUUGUCAUUUUUGAUGCUUGAACACUUUAAGGAAUCUGAAUCCUGGUCAUAAAACACGUUCCUGCAUGACACUUUGACUUUUUUUCUAAGAUAUGGUAUCAACAAUGUUUCAUGUUGAAUGGUAAAUAAUAAAUCAAACAGCAAAAUAUGACCCGACACAAAUUGCAAUUACUGACAUUCCCUAUUAAUUCUAGUUUUGUCUAAACUUCAUCACACUGUUUCAUUCAAUGUUUCUCAUCUGUUGUUCCUAUCACUGUUUUGGCAUCAUCAUGUAGAUUAUGUGACAAUCCUUCCAUAACCUCCACCUCAUUAUGACUAUUUCUGACAAAAGAGUCAAACAAAAGAAUAAAACUGAAACAGAAAACUAAAGCAACCCUAGCAUUGAUGUCACUUCAGCAGAUGAAUCAGCAACAUUAUGAGCAGUUGAACGAAGAAAGACCUUUUAACAUUACUGUUCUAGCUUUGAGUUAUUUCUUCUUCAAUGUAUUUAUGGACCAUGUAAUGUUUGUUCUGUUUUUGAAUGGUAAUUGUGAAAUUUACAUGAAUCAAAUCUGGGGAGUUUUUGUUCCAGUUUUACUUGAAUAGAUCGGUUAUUACAUCUGUAAUCUAAAAUUUGUUUGAUACAAUAAAAUGUUUAAAUUGG